AUGGAGAACUACAAUCCGUCGGAGGACCCAGGGCCAACCUUCUGCGUUGGGCAUCAUGAACAUAACAGACUGGUUACAGUCACCCCGAGGGUGAUUCAAAAUGUGCACGAAAGCAAUUAUGACAUGAUGACCGUCCCAAUCACCACUGCGCAUUUCCAUUCACGUGUCUUGGGCCUAUUGUCCUCUUAUUUGACCAACCUGCAGCCUCCGACUUAUGAUGCUGUUGGGACCAGAGCGACUACAGCGAACACUCGCCCGCUGGUCGUUCCAUCGCUUUCUAAGGCAGACUCAUACCUCACCCCCAAUGAUGCAACUAGUCAAUUAGUUGGAGUGACUAGCAGCUGGAUUGAUUUAUGCUCGCCUGACCCGUUGAUUGCGGACUUGUCACGGCAAGUUCUGAUGUUGGAGGUCGCAUAUGCUGCCUUCUGUGGAAUUGGAUAUCUCCUGAUUCCUGGACCGAAGCUGCAUCACGGCGCCUUGCACUCCGAAGGUGUCAUCUAUUAUGCACGUGCGGUUCAAGAUGCAUUGAACCUCGGCCCCUACAUCCAAUUCCAUAUUUGGUUGCAGAUGGUCGACAAUCCAGAGACUGAGGUUGACACAAUGGGCGAUCUGGCGCCUCUUGCGCGUGCAGAUUUCCUGGAACCAGGAGACGGCACCCCCCUCGAAGUGGAUCUCUUUGGAACAUGGGAUGCCUGGGAUGCGAUUAGAAAAACCUGCAAAUACCACACUCGAUUGUUUGUUGCGCUUUCCAUGCCGAAGCAACUCCCUUCGCUAUUCGUGCAAUCACGAUGGCACUCUGAACCCGUGCAUUUGCUCACAAUCGAUGGAUCUGCGUUCCUCAAAAACCAAAAAGGGUACCCUGUUUUGUCCAAGUCACACCAAGCCCUAAUCGCGAAGAUGAUGCGCCUCCGUACCGCGCCUUGGAUCCUCCUUUGUGGUGUUGGACCCAUCCCCGGACUCGAGAAUUCGGAGGACCCUGAUAGCAACCAAGCCGGCUCUGACUAUCCGAGUCUGUCACAGGUCAGCAAAAAGCACCAUGACCCAACCCCACAUCUCUCGUAUAUCCGCAAUUUACAGCAGCGCCAACCAUCACGCACUGCAAUCGAGAGAUUUGGCACAGGGUAUCAGGAUUAUCUACAAGCACCCCUUCAGCCACUGACCGUCAACCUGGAGAGUAUCACAUAUGAAGUCUUUGAGAAAGACCCUAUCAAGUACGAGUGGUACGAGAAGGCUAUUUACAAGGCACUGAAAGACUGGGCCGAUCAGAAGAAGCCCACGUCGCACCCGGACGGAAAGGUAAUCCUUGCCGUUGUGGGUGCAGGCCGCGGCCCACUUGUCACUCGUGCACUCAAAGCUAGUGCUGAAGCUGGGGUUGAAAUUGAUAUGUGGGCGGUGGAAAAGAACCCAAAUGCGUUUGUGUUGCUGCAGCGACACAACGAAACUAUUUGGGAUGGCAAGGUUACCCUCGUCCAGUCGGACAUGCGUGCUUGGAAAGGUCCCCGUGUGCGAAAGCAAGCUACCCCCGGAGCGAAAGAGUCUGUGGGCGAAUCUCUCGGCAUUGAAGAGUCAUUGCUCCUCAAGAAGGGAGAAAAUGACCAAGGCCACGCAUCUGCAUUUGCACAAUCCCAUGACGCUGACUUGUGCUACACUCAUGCCGAUAUCAUCGUGUCGGAGCUCUUGGGCUCCUUCGCGGACAAUGAGCUCUCUCCGGAAUGCUUAGAUGGUGUGAAUGAUCUGAUUAACCCUGUGCACGGAAUCUCUAUCCCAGCCUCUUACUCCGCUCACUUCACACCAGUCUCUGCCCCCAAGUUACACUCCGAUAUCGUGCACCAGACUGUGUCUAACCCGGCGGCCCCAGAGACCCCAUAUGUCGUGAUGUUGCACGCAAUUGAUUUCCUCUCCACCGCCAGUACUCAAGCAACGAACGAGACCCCCAAUCCUAGCGAUGGUACCCGAUCGUCCACAUCAGGAUCUUUCAGUGCUACCGAGUUCCCGACUCCCUUUGUUCAAACUGCUUGGUCCUUCUCUCACCCAAACCGUCAUAUUCCUGCCCAGUCACCUAUGCAGUCUACCAUCUCGAACGCACACAAUGUGCGCCAGACUCGCCUGACAUUCCCGGCUCAGAAUCGAGGUGCCUGUCACGGUCUUGCCGGCUACUUUGAGACUGUGCUCUAUGGAGAUGUGGAACUGUCUACUAACCCUGUGACCAUGGAUGCUAAGAGUGCCAGUAUGAUCAGCUGGUUUCCCAUCUACUUUCCUUUGAAGACUCCACUCAAUGUCCCUGAAAAUGGCGAGAUUGUGGCCACGAUGUACCGCCAAACCGACGACCGUAAGGUCUGGUACGAAUGGAUGGUUGAGGUUUAUGCGCUGGAGCGCACAAGCUCCUCAUCCAAGUCGAUUCCCAACGGUGGCUCGCGGACUGGUUCUCCCAGCCAGGAGAACUUGAAGACCAAGGCUAAUGCUGCUACGCCAUCUCGUGCUGGCUAUCGCCGUGUGCGGGUGGGAAUUAGUGACCUGCACUCUAGCAUCAAGGAUGGAUGCUUAAUGUGA